GCUCGCUGGUCGCCUUCGACCUGUCAGUGGGUGGCACCACGGUGGAUGUGCGCGAAGUCUUUCGCACCGCCCACCUGGCCGAGGUACCUCCGGUGCUCAGGAACACGCCUGCUGCGGAGCAGGACGAGGAGGCCAGUGCCCAACUCAGCCCUUCGAUGGACUAUCUGCGGCCCAUUACGGAUGUGUCGGCUCCCCUCUCCAGGAGCAGCGUGGAGAUGGCGGCAGCGACGAAGGCGGAAGACGAGCAGGCCACCGCGGUCUGCGCUGAGUUCGUCGAGGUGGACCCCGAGGAUGAGGGGCCCACUCUGAUCGUGCUGGUCAGGGGGAGGCCCGUGCUGAUCUACCGCGCCUUCAAUAACCUAGCCGAGGCAGAUGGGGGAGCCUCGGGUCCCUUUCC